AUGUCUGGUUCAAGAGAAGGUCGAGCGGACAACAGAAAUGAGCCAAAGAAAAUGAAUCCGUUCUACUCUGAGCCUAAGAAGAAAACAAUCCGAAGAAAUGCCAAGGAGGUUUAUCCUCACAAAGAACAAUUACGAAAAGGGUUGAAUAUACCUCAGUACAACUCAAACCUGCCUUUGGAUUAUUUGUUCCAAGAAGUUGAAAAAGCUGUAAAUGAGCCCAUGGAAAAGAUCAAUAUUCAAACUCUUCACACUCGAUUUCUGUUAGAUAACAGCUUCAAUCAGAUAGAUCAAAGAUACCAAGUGGUCGAGAAGCUACUCAAUAUUCUUCUUGAUAUCCAAACACUUUCUAAUGAGUCAGAAAUACUGCAAUCUGAUAAAAACCUAGUCAAGAUAUCCUUACACGACAUCAAAACAUUUGGCAAGGUGUUCAACUUAAUCUUGUUAAUUGGAAUACAACCUGCAUUGGAAGCUUUUAAAAUAGGUAUUCCCAUUGAGAAAAGAAUGCUUAGAGGCUUUUCGAGUUCUAGCAUAGACAUUCAUAUCCCUAAAUUUCCUUUGGAUUCGAUAGAAGCUAAUAAGAAGCAUGAAUACAGUGAAAAAUUAUUGAUUCUCUGUCAAAGAAAGCUUUUGCAUUUGUUCACAGUUGAAUCGGAUGUCAAAGAUUUGCUUUUAAGGGGAACUGGUUUCUCUGAUUUUUUGACAAUUACAAUUGCAUUAAUAACAGUUCCGGAGUUUGACAAGGCAAGGAGUGAUAGUUUACUUCGAGAUUUUGAUGAUAUAUGCAACUUGUCUGAUACAUUUGAGCUUUAUCAAACUUAUACAUUGUUGAUUAGUACUGCCUCACCUAAAUACUUUAAAGAAUUUGUCAUGGAUAAAUUAAAGCUCUUGCCGUUAAGGGCUCCGAGAAAGGACGGUGUUUUAACAUUAAUUGAAUUUGUAUUAGGUUUACGAGAGGGUGAUGAAAUUAACGUUGAGAAGUUUGACCAUGUUGCCAAUGUAAUAUUAUUGAAGCCGAAGACCAUUUCUAGCACUGAUUAUUUCACGAACAUAUGCAAUCAAUUUUACAAUCUCCUUGUAAACAUCAAUAAACCUAUAGUGACAAGCUGUAUUGGAUAUGUUAUCGAAAAGCUUUAUUAUAAGAAUAAAUUAAUUGUACAUGAUUUCUUAUUCAAGAGAAUAUGGCAAAAUUUUGAUCCUAGUGAAGGAAAAGACGUAAGUGAAUCCCAAUUAAAUAACAAUAUUAAUGUAAUUAUUUCCUUGUCGAAUGAAGGAUUACCAGAAGAGAUAUCCACUUUAUUGUUUAGACCAAUUUUACUACCCUUAUGGUCAUAUUACAGCUUUACUAAAAAGAAAUCUAAAUCAAAUGAAGUCGUUAAGGAGAUUCUUGUUGGCUAUUUGGCUACGGUAAACAGUGCCCUGGAUGAAGAUAGUAGUCUUGAUAUGAUUUCAAAAAAUCUUCUUUAUGAAAAUGAUAAGUGGCAAUUUGAAGUUGGGGCGAAUGGGCUUAUUCAAAUUUCCUCAAGGAAGUUUGAGCUCAAAUCAGAAAGCAAAGAUAAACGAAUCAAUAGGUUUCUAAAUGAUUUAGACUUGCAGUGCCAAUAUUUUAUUGAGUUGCUAAAGAAUUUGGAUGAUGACUUAAUUCAAAGAUUAUUUGUGCAUGUCUUAAAAAGAUGGCUAAAAAUAUCUCGUGAGCCUGCACAAUUGGAUAUGGAGGACAACCCUUUUAUGUCUUUGAUUGAUCUCCGUUUAUUGGAAACUUUAGUAAAGGAAUUCGAGGGCGUGCUUGCGAGAACUCCUUUUGAGAUUCUAGAAUUAGUAAAGAACCUAUUAAUGAGCUUUACGAAGAAUGGCCAAAAUACAAAAUCGUCUAUCAUAGAGGAAGUAUCGAGAAUUCAACUUGAUGAUGACUCAGAUAAUGCAGAAGAAGAAGAAGAAGAAGAAGAAAAUGAUGAUGAUGAUGAUGACGAAGAUGACGAAGAUGAAAACUUACUCCUGGUCUAUCCUACAGUGUUAGAACUUUUAUCUGCUAUCUUAUCAGAUUCUGCCCUUCUGCUUGACCAGCGUUCAUCCCGAUUAUUGGAAGAUAUUUUAAAGCCCUUGAGGGUUUUAAGUGAACUGCUAUCUUCACAGGCCAUUAGGAACUCUGCCAAUUCUUUGUUUGAAAGAAUAACACUUCUCUUAAAGGGAGGAGAUAUCCCAGCUACUAGCACGAGAGAUGCUCAUGAGAAAAUUUUAAAGAGAGCCAUUACUAGCUUAAAUGAUCCUCUAGUUCCUAUACGAGCGCAUGGCUUGCAUAUUCUAAGGCAAUUGGUGGAGCUCAAGAGCGAUGUUAUUUCACUAGAUUUCGUGAUUGAGCUUCAUUUAAUACAACUUAAGGACCCUGAGCCCUUUAUAUAUCUCAAUGCUAUCAAGGGAUUUGAUAGCUUAAUCGAAUGGAAUAAAUUUGAAGUGUUGGAUAACCUUUUACGCUUAUAUGGAGCACAAGAAGGUGAGCUCACCUUAGACGAAAGGUUGAGGACGGGAGAAAUCAUCCAGAGAUUUACUCAGAAUGAGAAUAAUCUUCUUUCUGGAGACAUUGGGUCCUUGAUCACAAGUUCAAUGUUGAGAUUAAUCAGGAGAUCGAAUAAUGACGCAUCUGAAGUGGAUAACACAAUGAGAAUGUCGGCGAUGUCAAUUUUAGGUGCGUGUUGCAGAGCCAAUCCACUAGGAAUUGUCGAUAAACUUGAGGAUUCGUUGGAUUGCGCAAUUGGUAUUCUACAACUAGAAACUGAUCAAAAGUCUUCUAUAAUGCGAAGAUCAGCCAUAGUACUUAUUCAUGACUUAAUUAUUGGCGUUUCUCAACUGAAGUUAGACAUCUUCCCCCCACAAUAUAGAGAGAAAAUAUUAACGAUUCUUAAUUACAUAAAAGAAACAGACAACGACAUUUUAGCUAGAGAUCAAGCUGAGACGACAUUAAAGACAAUUGGAGAGCUCAUCCAGUUGGCGAUGGAACCAGAGAACUUCUGA